GGCAAAAUGGAUCGCCGCGAAAUCACCCCCGAGGCUGACAAAACCCACCAAAAUCGUCUCUCCAGCGUCACCGAGGAGGAAGAAGAGCAAGAUGCAGCUUACACGAUUGUGACGGUCCUGGACAAAGUGGCCAACAUUGUGGACAGCGUGCAGGCGAGCCAGAAAAGGAUAGAGGAGAGGCACAGGGAGAUGGAAAAUGCCAUCAAGACUAUACAGAUUGACAUUUUAAAGCUUGCCCAGGCUCAUGGCAACACAGGCUACACGGUGAACAAGUUACUGGAGAAAACCCGCAAAGUCAGCUCCACCGUGAAGGAGGUACGGGCACGUGUGGAGAGGCAGAGCACCAGCGUGCAGAAGGUGGAAGCCAAACAAGAGGAGAUGCUGAAGAAAAACAAAUUCCGGGUCGUAAUCUAUCAGGAGGAAACCGAGUGUCCUUCAUCUCUCUCUGUUAUCAAAGAGAGGACAGCAGGUGAAACUCUAGAGGAUGAUUUCUUCCCACCUGAUGAUCUGUCUUCUGAUGAAGAAUAUUAUAUCGAAGAAAGCAAAGCAACCCAGUUCAAGAAAUCAGGCAUGAGGCGCAUAGAUGAUAUCAAAAAGGCAUUUUCAAGGGAAAAUAUCCAAAAGACGAGACAAAAUUUUGGCAAGAAGGUGAACAGGCUUCGAACCAGAAUAGUAACCCCUGAGAGGAGAGAGAGGAUCAGGCAGUCAGGAGAGAGACUGAAACAAUCUGGGAUAAGGAUCAAGAAAACCAUUUCACAAGCUGCCCCAACGAAGGAGACGUUCAAGAUCCAUAAAAAAAAUAAAGAACGAACAGGAGCCGAAGGUCAGGAAGGGAUCCAGGAAGCCGGCGUGCACAUCGCCUCUGAGCUCGCAGCAGCAGAGCCCUUCACUGAAGAAAUCUCUUACACAGAAGUGAUCACUAAGGUAAAGAAAGACAAGAAUAGUGCAACAAAAGGUGCUUCCCCGUCAACUGAAAAAGGAGUGACGAUCCCAGAAGUUGUUCUUAAGCAGCAAGGGAAAGAAGGAGGAGGAGGUGAUGAUGUCCCUCUGCUAGACUUAAAGCAAUCGGCAUAUGGAAUCAAUUAGCAAACACACCAUACUAUCCUUACUGAACAAGACAUAACACACUAUGAAUUCACUCAGCUUUAGAAAAACGUGUGAACUUGUGUUAUAUCACAAAACAUGUCUUGGUGUUCUAUCAUUUACGUGGGUGUCUGUAGUGUUGUCUUCCUGACAAAAGCCAAGCCAUGCAAACUGAACAAAGGGGCUCCCCCUCUGUCCUGCAGCGUGCCGAUAGCCAUCAUUAACCCAAAUGGAACUCACAUGUCAAAGGGAAAUGGAAAUCUGAUGUAUUUGCAAGAUUGAUUUAGCAGUCACUUUACAGCCUAAUCACUCUCUUCAGUUGUACAUACAACAGUAUAAAAACAUUUUCCAUUAUCUUAUACCAACUCCUCUAAUCAGAAAACAAUAACAAAGCUAUUACUUCA